AGUAGUAUUUUCAUAAAUCAGUAACUACUUUGUUUUCCUUUUAGAAAAUAUUUUCAGAUCGAAAUCAUGUCACUGAAUGAUGUUAUAUUAGAUCAUGAAUCAAAUCAAUGCCUAUUUGUAUGCACUAAGUGUGGAGCAGAAUAUGUUACACGAGAUAUGUUAGCUAUGCAUAUGAUGGAUAGUGCACGUGCUGGAAUGUGUAUAGAAACUGAUGCAACCACUAAUGCAUCAAAUGUGAACAAUAGUACUAAUCACAAGAUAACACUCUGUGAAGAUCUACUUGAUUCAGAUAAGCUUAUUACACAAAAACAUGAUGGAAUAUCAAACAAUUUCGAUCCUUCACCGUAUCGUUCUUCUUUAUCAAGUUGGAUAGGUGAAAGAACUGAGCCAAUAUUUAAUAUAUUAUUUAAUCAACUCACUUUACCGAAUUUAUAUUCUAUACAAAAUUCUACAACAAAUAAUAACAAUAAUAACAGUAAAGAUAUAAACAAUCUUCAUACAAAUCCGAAAAACCGUAAAUUCUUAUCAGGAUACGAAGGUAAUAUACCUUCUCUAAGAGGAUGUCAAAUAAAUCCAGAUGAUUCUUCAUCAUUUAUAGAUAUGCAAAAAAGUGAAUGUCUACAUAAUCUACUGUUGAAUUCAAAGUAUCCAACAAAUAAUAUUCCUCCAAAUAUAAAGAUGAAUUUAAUUCGGUCUUUAAAAGUUAAUGAAACGGAUGUAUUUCCAAAACCAACAAUAAAAGACAAUGUUCGAGUUAUGAAUGAAAAAUCUAUCUCAAACGAUAAUAAAAUUAAAUUGAAAAAUGUUCCUAAUGAAGUUGUAACAAGUCAGACAUCAACAUCAUCAGUAUAUUCUUUUAUAAAGUCUCUCACUGGAUGUAAUGCUAUAUCAACCUCAAAUCGUGAUAUUUCAAAAUCAUUAAAUUUUUCACCAGGCACAUCGUUAAGUAAUGAAGAUCAAAAAUUUCUAAAUAAUGUUCAGUGUAAAUCUCACAGAGAAAAUCAAGACGUUAAUAGUCAAGAAAGUUUGAAAAUUGCUAUUCUAGAUUCAAACGUAAAAUGUAUUGAGAAUCAUAAAGUGUCUAAGUGUAGUGAAUUGUUUGAAGAUGUCAAGAGAUAUGAGAUUAUUGAUCAACCCGUCACAAUUAAAAGAAGUCGAUCAUUGCCCUCACCACGAGGAUUAGGAAAUCAAAAAAAUUGUGAAAUGAACUAUUCGGUUUUGAAAGGAAAUAAUCAAUUUUUAAAUACAAGUAAUAUGAACGACAGUGAUGGUGUUUUUCAUAAGGUGAAGAGAAUUUUCUUAAAUUUGAGAUGAAAAUAAUUUAAUUUAGUUUAUAGUUUAGUAAUAUCUUCUCACUUGUAAUACAGUUUGAAAGUUUUAAAAUAUGCUUAGACUGUUUUGUGCUGGUAACCUAUGUCAUGUUGUAUAGCCAUUAUUGAUAACUGAAGUCUAUCUGAAAAGUUUCAAUUUAGUCAUCAAUCCGAAUGAAUUUUUAAAGAUAAGUUGAUUGGAACCAAGUGACAGGAAGUCUUAGACUUAGUUUACGUGCUAGUUGAGUAAAUAUUGUCAACUAAUAUCAGACGUGAUUAUUCUUAGUACAAUGGCGUUCAUGAGCGAUAAUUUGUAAUUAAGUGAUACAUAAAUUUAUCAGUAUUAACUUAUUUCAAUUAAUUUCUGUUAUAAUGAAUAAGGUGUAAAUAUAUUUUAAUCGCAAAUCUUUAAUUUCAUAUCUAACCAAUGUUUUCAGUAAAACUAAUGCAAUGAAAAUAAAAUAGAUUAUAUGUUAAUGAUAUAUCCAGGUGAUGGAUAUUAACUAGCAGGGAACAUAGGUUUAAGGCUUUCUGCUGACAUAUUCCAAACAUCUGACAUCGUUCAAAGAUGCACUCAAAAGUAUAAUUUGGGUCAUCUUUUCAUUUAUAUAUGUAUAUUGUCAUUGGUGUAUACAGAUUUACAAAGCAUGGUUUGAAGCGAUAACACUGAAGUCACUUAGCUUGAACAAAUUUAUGAAACAUUUGUCUUCAUUAACUUAUUCUACUCUUCACAUCGUAUUUAUUAAUCUUAAGACCAAUUCUAUCAAUGCUAUUGUAUGUUUAACUUUUUCUCCUGAGUAUAACCUAUUUUAUAUAAAGAACCAUGAUCGAGUUAAUGAUAUAGUUAACAGAACAAAACGGUGAUUUAUGAAUUAUUUUACAUCUCAAAAGUCUGUAUUGUACAUGAUCUUCACAACUGAUACCAUCUAUAUUUAUACUUGUAAGGUGGAAUUGAUCGUAUCAUCCAUAUUUCAUUUUAGGACUAUUCAUGACUGACCACAACUAUUGCAGAUUAUUUAAUUUUUACAAUAUAACUGUGAUAUGAGUAUAUCUGUAGAAUACUAAUGAACUACCUGGAAAGAAUAUACAAACUUGAGUUAAAGCUAGCCAGUUUACUAACAAAUAUUUUCAGUUAUGGAUAUCAACAAAUAUUUUGAAAAAUAUGUUUAUGUUGCCACCAAAUCCAUUUGAAUUUUAUUGUAUCCUAAAAUUUCUGUUGUUCUUUUUUCAUCAAUUAUAAAUAGACAAGACGUGACCGCAGGUGUUAUAAGAAGUCGGGGUAUAGAAAUUUGCGUAAAUUUGUAAAUUACAAUCGAUCCAAAUUCAGUAUUUUGAAAAAUUCACAUUUUGUUUCUGAAAUACACCAUGAUAAAGUAGGCAUGAAUUCAAACUGUUACAAUGACAGAGAAAUUGCUACAAAUAUUCAUAAUAAUAAUUUAAAUGAAAUGAACAAUCAAAAUACCAGUAAAGUUGAACACUUUCAGCCAAUUUUUCCAUACAUUUGUGAAUAUUGUCAAAUUGGAUUUGUUCAACAAGCUUUAUAUUGUUUACACAUGGGAAUGCACUGUGUAAAUAAUCCAUUGAAAUGUAAUAUGUGUGCACAAACUUGUUUAGAUGUUUAUGACUUUAUUGGACAUACAAUGCAUUUUUGAGUAACUGAUAAAUUAUUUAUAUUUAACAUGCCAAUUAUUGAUAAAUGCUUAUCUUUC